UGACAAGGUCGCUGUGCAUGCAAUCUGUGGCAUGUUCUUCACUUUCUUGUGUCCAGCUAGCGUAUACGUCCAUUGCCAUAACCCCGGUCUUUCAUCCUCUUAAAACCCUCUCUAUUCCGUCCAGAAUACCACUGACAGUCCGUAGCUUAAAAUUCGGCCAGUCUGUAGCAUUUCGGAACAACAAUCGCAAUCUUUGUGUUCAAGCUUGACCUUGCUUGCUUUUGGACGCUCUUGUCGCCCGUACCCUUUUUUCCUAUAGAAAAUCACACUUUGAUCUUCUUUUCUCUCUAUAACUUCUGGCAGUAGUCUUCCAUAACGGAUCUCCCAGGAACUUUCCUGUCAGCACUGGGUCCGAAGCUCUUUUCCUUGAUCAAUGAUGCCCCUUCAUGAUACCCGGGACCCAAAUGUUCAGAUGGAUACUACCUCCCUCCAAUCGCCUUCGAAUACCCUUUCUCUAGCUUACCCAGCUCUCGUUCCUCAACGCCCUGAGGAUCCUCUCAUACAAAAUACCAUCUCUCAUACUUCGCGUGACGCUAUUUCCAUCUUCCAACGACCGGUCGACCCUAACGCUCUACACCUGUCACUUGCAGAUACCUCUCCUUCCUCCGCCGCAAUACACUCAAUGGACGUACUUGACGCACCCACAUCAUCCCGCGCACCAGCACCUGGCUUUAUUUCUGAUUUUCCUCGUCAAAAUAUCUCAUACGCCGCACUGUCUCGGAUGGAUAGUCAUCUCGCCCUUCACUCCCCUCAAAGCACGACCUCCGGCUCCAGUGGCCCUUCAUCCGCCGCCCAUGGUGUGUCAUCUGCAUAUACCAUGAAUACCUCGUCCAUCAUGGACUCAGGUUUUAUUUUCCCGCCCCCAGACGUGCCAGAUUCGUUCAAUGGGCGCGAUAGCUCGCCAGAGACACCCGGCGACUCACACCUGCUGGUCGUCGGAGACAUACUUAAAUCUAUUGCGCAUACCGCGCAAUCAGCAAGUACAGCAUGUUCUCGUGGUCAGGGUCUUGAGGCCAACGUCAGGAUUGAUGAACUCAAGAAGACUAUUACACUAGUCUCCGAGCUUAUUGCUGCCACAAAAAUUGCGGAUACUCCAGCCAUAUCACGCAAUCCUUCACCUCGACGAUUUUCUGUGUUGGGUGCAAAGUCUAGCGUUUCCCCGUCCUUACACGGCGCAGUUACUUUAACGCAAGAGCAAAUGGGGUCGGGGAUGCACUUUGCCUCUGCAGCAGACAUAGGUACUAUGGAUGGUCAAAGUAAUGGUGAUAUUUCAGACAUGUCUCGAAAACGCUGCGCUUCUUCGAUGGCCGGAGACCGUGUUAUCAAGGCGCCAAAGCGUGAGCCGCAAGAAGACACGCCACUUCAUAUUAUCCCUCCACCAGUGUCCAACCAAUCGUCUUUCUCUUCUGCUGUUGCGGCCCCCAUGACUGACAUACGAUCCGCGGCUUCAUAUGUUCCGGCAAACGCGUCUGCAGAUUCAACUUCCCAACCGACAAGUUCCGCAGGUCAACCUCCCCUAGCAGGGUAUGGUUUAAUUUCACAUCAACCGCCCGCCGCAUCCAUGAGCUAUUCGAUACCCGGAUCAUCAGCACAGCCUCCCUCAUCUACGGACUUCAUUUCAACGUCGCCGCUAUCGACGACUAUGCCUCAUUCUGCUCAUUUCCCCCCUCCCCCCACCGUCCGGACCUCGUGGUCGGACGGCGCUGCAACAUUACCUCAUCGUAGCCAUCAGCAUUCACUUUCGGGAAGUUCCCUCAACGCCGGCAUCAAUUUUCAUUCGAUACCCAACACUGGCUCGUCUCUCGGACCACUACCAUUUUCAACAACCGGAACAUUCCCUUCAUCAUCUUCACAGCCACGAUCUCUCACGAAUUCCGGAACGGGCAUCACCCCGCCGAUUGGCAGAGUUUCACGAUCCGGCUCUUUCACGACUGGCAAUCCAAAUCCAUUCGCAUUUGGAAUAUCCGAGGUAAACCCCUCCAAUGCCCUUGAUUUUUUGCAUUCAGCACAGCAUCCUACUGCACAAUCACUUGGGUCGCAUAGUCCAACUUCAUCUCUUGACGGAGAACACGACGAGUCCGAUGUCGGUUCGCAUUCACACAGUCCCCCUGAGUCCUCAGGACCAAGAACUUCUCACCAUUCAAGUUCAUCUCGCAAUGUUACGGGGCAUGAUGCUCGUUCAGGUCAUCUCGUUACACGACAAUCUGCAGAAAACCUGUCUCCGACAUCAGCGCAAGGGCACAGCAACGAAGUUCCGCAAGAGUAUCGUGCGGAAGUUGACCGUAUCUUCUUCGAGUUCUUGAACAGUAUCUGUUCAAAUCUGGAUGCUACCGAUGCGAAAGGGGAGCCGAUACAUCAGACAUUAAUGGCAAAGAAAAUGCAACGUCUAGAUGAGUCACCUGAUUUUCGACCAUUUAAAUUCCGGAUACAGGCUUUCACAAAUGCAUUUUUGGAAGAGUUGGCCAAACAAGGUUACCCAGAAGAGAAAAUUCCAAUGAAGAAGAUCCGCAAUUACCUCUGGAACCAACCGUACAUCUCGCGUUUCAACGAGGAUGGUAAAAAGACGAAGUCCAAGGGUAAUCAUAUAUGGAACAUAGACGCAAAGAAGAGCCCUCAUGAUGGCACUUGGACCUUUCGCCCUUUUCAUCGGAAAGUGGCUGGCUCGCCGCCUGGUGUUGCUUACGUUGGCCUUCGGUGGUCUUGGGCACCUCGUAUAUGGGAUCCACAGGCGUCGCGAUCGAACCUUAUAGUUACGUACGGUUCGCCGUCCCUCCCAUCCUGGCUAUUUUGGGAAGACGAUGUGCUGUCAGGAACGCCACCCCCAGAAGCAGAGAGCUGUGACAUCACGGUUGUAGCCCGUUAUGUUCAAGAUGGGCAAGAAGAGUUGCUGACGCAGACCUUCCAUCUUAAUAUUGUGCCUGUCUCAAACCUUGACACCUCGUUCUCUGCCUCGCGUCGCGGUUCGAUGAAUGGGGAGAUGCACAAGCCACGUCGGGUGGCAAGUGAUUCCACAGUUCCUCAGACAUCUCCCAGGACGUUAAGGUCCCAACCAUCCUCUGGUCUGGUGUCACCCGUUGCCACGCGUGAUGCGCAAGUAAUUCAGGUGCUGCAGUCAGCUGCUCAGCGUGUCGCUCAAGAAGCUCAGUCUCAAAUCAUCUCUUCCGCGACACAAGGCGAGCACGGCCCUGAGCUGCAGGCUCUCGCUAAGCAACAGCAUGUGUUGACAAUUACCGCACAAGCAUUCGACCAGGAAGUGACUGGUCAACAAAGGUCGGAGAUUGGCCCACAGGCAACUACUGCUUUAGCAGCAGCGGCACAACAGGUCGUCUUUCAGGCUGCACGCCAAGUAGUUGCGGAUCGCUCUGCCGCUGUUGCGAGUCAGAUCUCCGCGGGUUUCACCCCCUCGCCUGAUGCUGCUACACAAGUGACUGUCAAUGAAGUGUCGGUUGCUACGCAAUCAGCCGUUGCACAGGCUGUCGAAAUCACUGGACCGUUGUCAAACGAGGUUGACGUCCUGAUGACGGCAAGUUCCUUGUUGCAGCAGCAGAUUAGAGCUCCAGCUCUUAUUCAUCAGCCAUGACCACGCAAUCCAAUGUUGGUGUCGUUCAUUAUACAUCUACCAUGUCUUCUGGUAGCAUGUCAGACUUUGGCCAACUAUCAUGAUCCUCCGCAUAUCUCCUUUAGGGCUUUGGGACUCAUUUAUGUGCCUUUGGGUUAUCUGCUUAUCUCACUUGCUUCAUCAUCUCCUAUAGAAUUCGGCACGGCAUUCAAUCAUUAUCGUGACUCGAGAAUGUAAAA